AUGACUGCCGCCGCCUACCUGUCAUUCACUGUAAUCAUUGUUCUUCGUGUGCGUGCUAAUACUGCAACAGAAGGGAAGAUUCUUCUUCAAUCUUCAUCCACGUUCGGAUAUAAUUUAUAUCAGGGACAUUCGCGUUUUAUCACCGUAAAUAUAUCUGCUGUCACUCCUACAACACCGCUUUUUAUCAUCCCAACCAUGUCCUCUGGUGAUGAAAACCACCAAGGGACUGAUUCGGGCGGUUAUUCAAAUACUAUCAACGGGGACGAUCGGGGGACUACGAGUUUGGCUCAUGAUAGUUUAACCGCUGAGGUGGAUGUAUGGACCAGCUCACACCGUUCCUGUGGAAUUCUUGAGGGUUGUUUUAAGAAACUCAUCUUUGCCAUCUUUUCCUGUAUCAUAGGAUCUUCUUUCCAAUUUGGCUAUCACACAGGAGUAGUGAAUUUACCUCAAACUAUUUUUGAACACUUCAUCAACGAUUCGAUAUACUAUCAUCAAAAAAAGUAUGUUUCUGCAAAGACAUUGCCUGUGAUAUGGGGCUUUACUGUUUCUAUUUACUGUGUUGGGGGUAUGAUUGGCGGACUUCUGGUUUCUCAGUUAACGCAAAAAUUUGGAAGAAAACAGACUUUGCUGCUGAACAACAUUCCAACAGUGGUGGCUUUAGCUCUGAUGUGUUUUUCGCAAAUUGCAUACAGUUUUGAAAUGAUCAUUGUUGGCAGAUUUAUCAUGGGGAUCAGUGCUGGUGUCAGCACCAGUGUUGCCCCAAUGUACCUCUCUGAAAUUGCACCUUUACAUAUGCGGGGUGUCAUUUCCACUAUCAACCAAUGUGCCAUUCUUAUGGGGAUCAUAGUUUCUCAGAUUAUGGGUUUACAAAGUGUCAUUGGAAACAAGAAUCUUUGGCCUUUGAUAUUUGGUGUGUCAAUCAUUCCUGUAAUCAUUCAGAUGUUAUCGUUACCUUGGUGUCCUGAAACACCUCAUCAUCUCAUCAUGCAUGAUGAAGACGAAGCAGAAGCAUCUUUGGUUUGGCUGAGAGGCACACAUGACGUUGGCUAUGAACUGGAGGAACUUCGUGUCAUAAAGGAGGAAUCAAAACAUAAGCCACGGACAACAUUUAAUGACCUAUUUCGCAAGCCACAUUUACGUAAACCCCUCUUCAUUGUUAUCAUGAUGAUGCUUUCGCAGCAACUUUCCGGUAUAAAUGCCGUAACGUUUUAUUCGACAAGUAUCUUCAGGUCUGUGAAACUGUCACAGAAUAUUGCUCAACUGGCUACAAUCCUUAUAACAGUGCUCAACCUUCUUGUCACAAGUGCAUCUGCUGUUUUAAUCGACCGCCUUGGACGACGUAUGCUUCAUUUAACGGGCAUGCAAGGAAUGUUUUUCUCUUCAAUUGUUGUGAUUGUUGGUAUUGUCUUAAAGCAAAAAGCAUCUUGGUUGCCUUACCUGACUGUUGCUGGCAUCUGUUUGUAUAUUAUCUUCUUUGCCAUUGGACCAGGUUCUAUACCUUGGUUUAUUGGUGCUGAGAUCUUCCUUCAGGGUCCACGUGAUGUUGCUAUGAGCAUAGGGGUCACUGUUAACUGGCUGGCUAACUUUUUAGUUGGAAUUGCUUAUCCUCCACUACAGAAAGCCAUUGGCGGCUACAGCUUCCUACCAUUCACUAUAUUCCUGUUUCUCUUCUCCAUUUACACCUACUUCAAAGUUCCUGAAACCAAAGGAAGGAAAGUCGAAGAUACUGUAGCUGAAUUUGUCCGUGAAGAAAACAGCCAAGCCAGGGUUCUUUUGUAA